AUGCGCACCCUGACUCCAAUAAUCCCGACGGAAAUCACCUGUCGACCUGGCACUCGUACAGCCAACUUGAUUCGAUUCCUCUUAACCCAGAGGCUCUAUACUACACGCCCUCCACUUUUUGCCACGUACUCGUUAGGGCGUCGCAAGUCCUCCACAAUGGCGUCGGAAUCCCUCAAAUCGUCAGAGACGGAAGGCCAUGGUAGUCGUCUCUCGUCUUCACAGAGUCGCGAGCGUACCCCACAUGCUGCUGGUGCUGCUGCUGGACCAAAUGCCCCAAGUCCAGCUUUCUUCCCAUUGGGAUACCGGGAAGGCUUCAGCCAAUGGUGGGCUCGUCUACCUGCUGCCGCCGCCGAACAUAAGGUCCUAUCCUACCUCCCUUAUCUACAUCACCAACCCCCAACCCACCUCCAAACUGGUAACACCUCAGACUUCCCCGAUGGAAGCACCUCGACCAGCCUGCAAUCAGCAGACCACAACCAGCAGGGCGAGAUUUCAACACAAUCUAAAGAUGACCCCUACGGGCCCCGCCGGUGGAGCUCCAGCAUGGUGGAGCUUAGCGGGAAAGACCGGGCUCUCAACGAGUUCUCGGUAGAAAGGGUUGGGGAAGAGGCUGACCAGCACCUGGUAAUGCUGCACGGAUAUGGCGCCGGUCUUGGCUUCUUCUACAAGAAUUUCGAACCGCUCAGCCGGCUGAAGGGAUGGCAGCUUCAUGCGCUGGACAUGCUGGGCAUGGGCCGGAGCACGCGCCCACCUUUCAAGAUCAAGGCUAAGGAGCGCGAAGAGGCCAUCCGCGAAGCUGAGGCCUGGUUUGUUGACGCGCUCGAGGAAUGGCGUAUUAAGCGCAAAAUUGAUCGCUUCACAUUGCUAGGCCACAGUUUGGGUGGUUAUAUGGCUGUCGCAUACGCGCUCAAGUACCCGGGCCAUCUCAAUAAGUUGAUCCUCGCGUCCCCUGUGGGCAUCCCCGAGGACCCCUACGCGGUCACAGCAGACGUAGCUGAGCCUUCGGAAUCUACACUCCCGAACGAAGUCACCCAGGACCAACGAGACAUUACCGCGUCUGUGCCAAAGACCAGUGAUGGCAGCUUUAUUUCGAGUCGUCCUCAGACGCAAUCAACGUCCGCGAACCAACCACCCCGUCGUACCAUGCCAAAGUGGUUUGCUUACCUGUGGGAAGCCAACAUCUCACCAUUCAGCAUUGUACGCUGGACAGGUCCUUUCGGCCCACGAAUCGUGUCCGGUUGGACUUCUCGCCGCUUUUCGCAUCUCCCCGCCGAAGAAUCCAAGGCACUGCACGACUAUUCCUACUCUAUUUUCAGUCUUCGGGGAAGCGGCGAGUAUGCCCUAGCAUAUAUUUUAGCGCCAGGCGCAUUCGCGCGCAGCCCUCUUAUUCACCGGAUCCAGGGCGUGGGCCGCCAAAUGAUUAGCUCUGGCAACUCACUACCCAUUCCCCCUGCCGACUCUUCUUCUUGCUCUAUCUUCUCCAAAUCCGCAGCUAAAGCAUCUACCCCUGCUGAUGCGCCGAUCACUCACCCCGUCCCUGCUUCAAGUGCUCCCGCUGAAAUUCCCGCCCCACGACGCGAGAAUGGACUUCCCGUUGUCUUGAUGUAUGGUGAUCACGACUGGAUGGAUGUAUCGGGCGGUCACGCCGCUGUGGCUCGUCUAGAAGAAGAGAAGCGUCGCGUUCUGGCGAAUGCCACGCCAGAAGAGCGAAAGAACGACCAAGGAUCCGCCAAGGUCGUUGUCAUUAACAAGGCCGGUCAUCAUCUGUACUUGGAUGGAUGGGAGGAGUUUAACCGUGUCGUGUUGGGCGAGAUGGAAGAUGUUAAUAAGCGGGAGAGGGCAUCUUCGUGA